UUGGCUGCCAAGCACAUGGUAGCAUAUCUAAGUGCUGUAAUGAAUGGUGAUGGAGAUGGGCAUCAAGAUAUUUCAAUAGAGGAGGAGCGAAGGGUGAAAGCCAAUGAUCCUGAACAUAAUGAAAAAUUUCAGUAUGCUAACAAUCACAUCAAAACAUCUAGAUACAACAUUCUUACUUUCUUGCCAGUUAACUUAUUUGAACAGUUCCAGAGGGUUGCCAAUGCUUACUUCCUUUUCCUUCUUAUUUUACAGCUGAUCCCAGAAAUAUCCUCCUUAUCUUGGUUUACCACCAUUGUGCCUUUAGUGAUGGUAUUUACUAUUACUGCAGUCAAAGAUGCCACAGAUGACUGUUUUCGCCAUAAGAGUGAUAACCAGGUGAACAAUCGACAGGUUGAAGUUCUCGUUGAUGGCAAAUUACAGAAUGCAAAAUGGAUGAACAUAAAACCUGGUGACAUCAUCAAAGUGGAGAAUAAUACAUUUGUAGCUGCUGAUUUAUUACUUCUAUCUAGUAGUGAACCACAUGGACUCUGUUACAUUGAAACAGCUGAGCUUGAUGGUGAGACAAACCUAAAAGUACGUCAGGCUUUACCAGUUACUUCAGAACUUGGAGCAGAUAUGAGAAAGCUUGCGGAAUUUGAUGGUGUUGUUGUCUGUGAACCUCCUAACAACAAGCUGGAUAAAUUCAUAGGAGUUCUUUUCUGGAAAAAUAAUAGGUAUUCGCUCAAUAAUGAAAAGAUGCUGCUAAGAGGCUGUGUGUUGAGAAACACAAACUGGUGCUUUGGAAUGGUUAUUUUUGCAGGCCCUGACACUAAAUUAAUGCAAAACAGUGGUAGAACUAAAUUUAAAAGAACAAGCAUUGACCGUCUGAUGAAUACUUUAGUAUUAUGGAUCUUUGGCUUUUUGGUAUGUAUGGGAAUAAUUCUGGCAAUAGGAAGCUCAAUAUGGGAACAUCAGUUUGGGGCCCAUUUCAGAAUUUACCUUUCUUGGAAUGAAGUGGUGGACAGUUCUGUGUUUUCAGGAUUUCUCACAUUUUGGUCGUACAUUAUCAUACUCAAUUCAGUUGUGCCUAUUUCCCUGUAUGUGAGUGUGGAAGUGAUUCGACUUGGACACAGCCACUUCAUAAAUUGUGAUCUUAAAAUGUAUUAUCCCAAAAAAGACACACCUGCUGAAGUUCGGACUACCACACUCAAUGAAGAGUUAGGACAAAUUGAAUAUAUUUUCUCAGACAAAACUGGAACAAUCACUCAGAACAUAAUGACUUUUAACAAAUGCUCCAUUAACGGAAAAACAUAUGGUGAUGUAUAUGAUGAGUUGGGCAGGAAAACAGAAGUUAAUGAGAAAACAGUGCCAGUGGAUUUUUCAUUUAACCCUCUAGCAGAUAAAAAAUUCCAGUUUUAUGAUCACAGCCUGCUUGAAUCCAUUAAAUUAGAAGACCCAAUGGUAUAUGAAUUCUUUAGAUUGCUUUCCCUCUGCCAUACAGUCAUGCCUGAAGAAAAAAAAUCAGGCGAAUUGAUUUACCAAGUGCAGUCGCCAGAUGAAGGUGCUCUAGUAACUGCUGCCAGAAACUUUGGCUUCAUUUUUAAGUCUCGGACCCCAGAUACUAUAACUGUGGAAGAAAUGGGCAAACUUGUUACAUACCAGCUCUUAGCAAUUCUGGAUUUUAACAAUAUCAGGAAAAGGAUGUCUGUAAUAGUUCAAACCCCAGAUGGGCAGAUAAAACUUUAUUGCAAGGGAGCAGAUACCAUUUUAUUUGAGAGACUUCAUCCCUCCAAUGAAGAAUUAAUGUCUUUGACAUCAGAUCAUCUUGAGGAGUUUGCUGGAGAAGGCCUUCGGACCUUAGCCCUUGCAUACAAAAACUUGACUGAAGAGCACUUUAAAGAGUGGUUUACAAUACUUCAGGAGGCAAACACUUCAUUUCCUGCAGCAUAUGAAGAGAUUGAAAGAGACAUGAUGUUACUAGGUGCCACUGCUAUAGAAGACAAGUUACAAGAAGGAGUCACGGAAACAAUUGCCAGUUUAUCACUAGCGAACAUUAAGAUCUGGAUUCUAACAGGAGACAAGCAAGAAACUGCCAUGAAUGUUGGUUACUCCUGCCACAUACUCACUGAUACCAUGAAUGAGAUUUUCAUAGUGGCUGGUCACACGGUAACGGAAGUGCGUGAAGAACUCAGGAAAGUGAAAGAACAUUUGUUUGGACAAAGCAAAGAUCUUUCCAAUGGUCAUGCAAGUUGUGAAAAAAAGCAAGAAUCAAAGCAGAGCUCAGUCUUGGAAGAAAUUGUCGAUGGUGACUAUGCAUUAGUCAUAAAUGGACAUAGCCUGGCUCAUGCACUUGAGGCUGAUCUGGAGAAUGAAUUCCUAGACGUUGCCUGCAUGUGUAAAACUGUGAUUUGUUGUCGAGUGACUCCCUUACAAAAAGCACAAGUGGUAGAACUGGUUAAGAAGCACAGGAAUGCAGUCACCUUGGCCAUAGGGGAUGGAGCCAAUGACAUCAGCAUGAUCAAAAGUGCACACAUAGGUGUAGGCAUCAGUGGUGAGGAAGGAAUGCAAGCAGUCUUGGCCAGCGAUUACUCCUUUGCCCAGUUCAGAUAUCUGAAGCGGCUCUUGCUUGUUCACGGCAGGUGGUCCUAUUUCAGAAUGUGCAAGUUCUUGUGUUAUUUCUUCUACAAAAACAUUGCCUUCACUCUGGUACAUUUCUGGUUUGGCUUCUUCUGUGGCUUCUCAGCUCAGACUGUUUAUGACCCGUGGUUUAUUACCCUGUUCAACAUUGUUUAUACUUCACUGCCUGUACUAGCUAUGGGUUUGUUUGACCAGGACGUUAAUGAGCAGAAUAGCAUGGCUUAUGGAAAACUCUAUGAACUUGGGCAACUAAAUCUACUAUUCAAUAAACGCAAGUUUUUCAUCUGCAUAGCACAUGGAAUCUACACCUCUUUUGCCCUUUUCUUCAUUCCUUAUGGAGCAUUUUACAACACAGCUGGUGAAGAUGGAAAACAUAUUGCUGACUACCAGUCUUUUGCUGUCACAAUGGCAACAUCUUUAGUUAUUAUAGUCAGUGUUCAGAUAGUCCUGGAUACCAGUUACUGGACUGCCAUCAAUCGUUUUUUCAUCUUGGGUAGUAUAGCUGUGUAUUUUGCUAUUUUAUUUGCAAUGCACAGUAAUGGGAUUUUUGGUAUAUUCCCAAACCACUUUCCUUUUGUAGGAAAUGCUCGUAUUUCCCUGGGCCAGAUAAGUGUUUGGCUUGUCAUUCUCUUGACUACUGUAGUUUCAGUCAUGCCUGUAAUAAUAUUCCGAUUUUUGAAGGAAGAUUUACAUCCAACGCUAACGGAUAAGGUUCGGAAGUUGCAGAGGGCUAGAAGGAAGCAGAAACCAUUACAAAGACACAUGCGUCGGGUGUCCAGAACAACCUCAAGAAGAUCUGCAUAUGCUUUUUCUCAUCAAGAGGGCUUUGGGGAACUUAUAACAUCUGGAAAGAAUAUGUGAGUCAGUAAUUCACAUCAAAUAUCAUCAUUAGCAAGGACCAUGCAUAAUAGCAUCAGUUGAUUGAGACUUGACAUAAGAAAGCAGCACAGACAACAGUGAACAGCUUUAGUAGCGACAGAACAGUGAAACUAUGAGUCAAUGAAAACAAGUUUAUUAAAAACAACAACAGUGGCCAUAUCUUUGCACUGUUUGCCACUUCAUAAACAUUAAGCAUGAAACUUCUGUGUAUGCUUAGUACUAUAGCAGAAGUGUCUUACCUGCCAUAUUUUGCAGCGUGUUCAAGUAAGUUGUUAACAUACAAUCUUUUCAAAGGGCUCUCUUGUUUUUAUUUCUUUUUUCUUUUUUUUUUCUGAAAAGCAUGUAGCAUAGCAAAACAAUGUGUGUAGCUACUUUAAGAGGUUGAACAAUCCAAGAGAAUAUCAGAAAUUUCCCUCCAAGUUAAUGGAAAAUGCAGUAUUCAACUAUCUGAAUUAGUUAUAUAUUCCAAUAUAAUUAUUUUACAAUGUUGAAAACUAUUAAAACAAAACCAUGUUAAAAAGUCAUUGACCUCUUUUUAAUUGACUUGUACUUUUUUAAACAAUUUAAAAUUUUUGAAAUUUCAAAGUCAAAU